UUUAUCUUAUCAGUUCACUUAUCACAAUCAGAAAGGAAAAAAAAAAGAAAAAACAAUACCACAGUUAAUUAGUAAUGGAGUGUGGUCUUCUAACAGCAAGCUUUAUUUUUGUUUUUGCACUUGCAAUUACACUUCAAGUAUACUACUACUCUCCAAUAUCUCCGGACAUACUUGAAUUACCUAGUGCAGAUCCUUCAUCGCCCUUUUUCACCCCGAAUUACCACUUACAGAAAGCGAUUAAGCUCGGGGAAGGGAUGCUGGAUAGACCCGAAGACGUAUGUGUGGACCAAAAGGGGAUGUUGUACACUGCUACCAGAGAUGGAUGGAUCAAAAGAAUGCAUACAAAUGGGACAUGGGAGAAUUGGAAGAGGAUACAUAACAAAUAUACUUUACUUGGUUUGAAAUUCACAAAGGCUGGUGAUUUGAUAGUGUGCGAUACAGAAGAAGGGUUGAUUAAAGUUAGUGAAGAUGGUGAAAUGACAGCUUUGGCAACUCAUUUAAAUGGUGAGAAGAUAAGGUUUGCAGAUGAUGUUGUUGAAGCAGGUGAUGGGAGCUUAUACUUUAGUAUUCCCAGCACCAAGUAUUUGUUGCAUAACUGGUAUCUGGAUAUGCUUGAGGCAAAACCCCAUGGCCAGCUUCUUAAGUAUGACCCAUCCACUAAGAAAACAUCACUGGUGCUUGAUGGGCUUCGGUUCCCCAACGGAGUGACCAUUUCUCCAGGCGAAGAGUUUUUGGUGGUUUGUGAAACAUGGAAAUCUAGGUGCUUUAAGUACUGGCUUAAGGGUGAAAUGAGAGGAACUGUAGACACCUUCAUCGACAAUCUUCCUGGAUUUCCAGAUAACAUUAAACUUGCUCCUGAUGGGUCUUACUGGAUAGCCAUCCUUCAGUUCACUUCGAGCAGGAUGAACUUUGUGCAUUCUUCUAAAGCAAUUAAACACCUCUUAGCAAUGUAUCCGAAGCUGUUUAAUCAAAUUAAAGCAUAUGACAGAAGUGCAAUGGUGUUGAAAGUGGGAAGUGAUGGAAGGAUUAUUAAGAGGUUGGACGACCCUAACGGAAAGGUGGCUUCCUUUGUCACAUCAGUCCUGGAGUUUGAGGGAAAUAUAUAUUUUGGAAGUCUGAAAAACAAUUAUGUAGGAAAGCUCCCAGUAGAAUUGUAGUUUAAAUGCCUGAUUUUAUAAAACGGUUUCAAUCAUAAGGCUCUCAUUUCCAAUAA